AUGGGGACGGCGCUUCUCCAGCGCGGGGGCUGCUUUCUCGUGUGCCUCUCGCUGCUGCUCCUGGGCUGCUGGGCAGAGCUGGGCAGCGGGCUGGAGUUCCCGGGCGCUGAGGGCCAGUGGACGCGCUUCCCCAAGUGGAACGCCUGCUGCGAGAGCGAGAUGAGCUUCCAGCUCAAGACGCGCAGCGCCCGGGGCCUAGUGCUCUACUUCGACGAUGAGGGCUUCUGCGACUUCCUGGAGCUCAUCCUGACGCGCGGCGGCCGCCUGCAGCUCAGCUUCUCCAUCUUCUGCGCCGAGCCCGCCACGCUCCUGGCCGACACCCCGGUCAACGACGGCGCGUGGCACAGCGUGCGUAUCCGACGUCAGUUCCGCAACACCACGCUCUUCAUCGACCAGGUGGAGGCCAAGUGGGUGGAGGUCAAGUCCAAGCGCCGGGACAUGACGGUGUUCAGCGGCCUCUUCGUCGGGGGGCUGCCCCCGGAACUGCGCGCCGCGGCGCUCAAGCUCACGCUGGCCUCCGUGCGGGAGCGAGAGCCCUUCAAAGGGUGGAUUCGCGACGUGCGGGUCAACUCCUCACAGGCCCUGCCGGUGGACAGCGGCGAGGUGAAGCUGGACGACGAGCCGCCCAACAGCGGCGGCGGGAGCCCGUGCGAGGCUGGCGAGGAGGGCGAGGGCGGGGUGUGCCUCAACGGAGGCGUGUGCUCCGUAGUGGACGACCAGGCGGUGUGCGACUGCUCGCGAACCGGCUUCCGCGGCAAGGACUGCAGCCAAGAAGACAACAAUGUGGAAGGUCUGGCGCACCUGAUGAUGGGCGACCAAGAAAAGGCAAAAAGAGAAAAUAGCGUCCAGCGUUUGUUUCACAAAGCUCAGGGAGACAGAGGAAAAGAAGAAUACAUUGCCACUUUCAAGGGAUCUGAAUACUUCUGCUACGACUUGUCUCAAAACCCCAUUCAAAGCAGCAGCGAUGAAAUAACUCUGUCCUUUAAAACCCUUCAGAGGAAUGGACUGAUGCUUCACACUGGGAAAUCAGCUGAUUAUGUCAAUCUCGCCCUGAAAAAUGGAGCUGUCUCUCUGGUCAUUAAUUUGGGAUCAGGGGCCUUUGAAGCACUAGUGGAGCCCGUGAAUGGAAAGUUUAAUGAUAAUGCCUGGCAUGAUGUGAAAGUCACCAGGAAUCUGCGUCAGCACUCAGGCAUUGGACACGCUAUGGUAAACAAACUACAUUGUUCGGUGACAAUAUCAGUGGAUGGGAUUCUUACCACAACGGGCUACACGCAAGAAGAUUAUACCAUGCUGGGGUCUGAUGACUUUUUCUAUGUUGGAGGCAGUCCCAGCACAGCAGACCUUCCCGGGUCACCAGUCAGUAACAACUUUAUGGGCUGUCUCAAAGAGGUUGUGUAUAAAAAUAAUGAUGUAAGGCUGGAAUUAUCUCGACUUGCCAAGCAAGGAGACCCGAAGAUGAAGAUUCAUGGAGUGGUGGCCUUUAAAUGUGAGAAUGUUGCAACUUUGGACCCAAUCACCUUUGAAACCCCAGAAUCUUUCAUCUCUUUGCCUAAAUGGAAUGCAAAGAAAACAGGCUCCAUAUCAUUUGAUUUCCGCACAACAGAGCCAAACGGCCUCAUUUUAUUUAGUCAUGGCAAACCACGGCACCAAAAAGAUGCCAAGCACCCACAGAUGAUAAAGGUUGACUUCUUUGCUAUUGAGAUGCUGGAUGGCCACCUCUACCUCCUCCUAGACAUGGGGUCAGGUACAAUCAAAAUCAAAGCCCUGCAGAAGAAGGUGAAUGAUGGAGAAUGGUAUCAUGUGGACUUCCAAAGAGACGGACGGUCAGGUACCAUUUCUGUCAACACGCUGCGCACGCCCUACACUGCUCCUGGCGAGAGUGAGAUUCUGGACCUGGAUGACGAGUUGUACCUGGGGGGCUUGCCAGAAAAUAAGGCCGGCCUCGUCUUCCCCACCGAGGUGUGGACUGCGCUGCUCAACUAUGGCUACGUGGGCUGCAUAAGAGAUUUGUUCAUUGACGGCCAGAGCAAAGAUAUCCGGCAAAUGGCUGAAGUUCAAAGUACUGCUGGAGUGAAGCCCUCCUGCUCCAGGGAAACAGCAAAACCGUGCCUUAGCAACCCUUGCAAAAACAGCGGCAUGUGCAGGGAUGGGUGGAACAGAUAUGUCUGCGAUUGUUCCGGAACAGGCUAUCUUGGCAGGUCCUGCGAGAGAGAAGCAACGGUUCUGAGCUAUGAUGGGAGUAUGUUUAUGAAAAUCCAGCUCCCGCUGGUGAUGCACACGGAGGCUGAGGAUGUAUCCUUACGGUUUCGGUCCCAACGUGCAUAUGGCAUUCUCAUGGCAACCACCUCCAGAGACUCAGCAGACACCCUCCGCCUGGAGCUGGACGCAGGACGUGUGAAACUGACGGUCAAUCUAGAUUGUAUCAGGAUUAACUGUAAUUCCAGCAAAGGUCCCGAGACCCUUUUUGCCGGCUAUAACCUCAAUGAUAACGAAUGGCACACAGUGCGUGUGGUUCGUCGAGGAAAAAGUUUAAAGUUAACGGUGGAUGAUCAACAGGCCAUGACAGGUCAAAUGGCGGGGGAUCAUACGAGGCUGGAGUUUCAUAACAUAGAGACUGGCAUCAUCACGGAACGCCGGUAUCUGUCUUCUGUUCCCUCCAACUUCAUUGGACACCUGCAGAGCCUGACAUUUAAUGGAAUGGCAUACAUUGACUUGUGUAAAAAUGGCGACAUAGAUUAUUGUGAGCUCAAUGCCAGGUUUGGCUUCAGGAACAUCAUAGCAGACCCUGUCACCUUCAAGACCAAAUCGAGCUAUGUUGCCUUAGCUACGUUGCAAGCCUACACUUCUAUGCAUCUUUUUUUCCAGUUCAAGACAACAUCCCUAGAUGGACUAAUCCUGUAUAACAGUGGGGAUGGAAACGACUUUAUUGUGGUUGAAUUAGUUAAAGGGUACUUACAUUACGUGUUCGAUUUGGGAAAUGGUGCUAACCUCAUCAAAGGGAGCUCAAAUAAACCUCUCAAUGACAAUCAGUGGCACAACGUGAUGAUAUCAAGGGACACCAGCAACCUCCACACUGUAAAGAUUGACACGAAAAUCACAACGCAAAUCACAGCGGGAGCCAGGAACUUGGACCUUAAGAGUGACUUGUAUAUAGGAGGAGUGGCCAAGGAAACAUACAAAUCCUUGCCGAAACUCGUCCAUGCCAAGGAGGGCUUUCAAGGCUGCCUGGCAUCAGUUGAUCUAAAUGGACGGCUUCCGGACCUCAUCUCAGAUGCUCUUUUCUGCAAUGGACAGAUUGAGAGAGGAUGUGAAGGGCCCAGCACAACCUGCCAGGAGGACUCAUGUUCCAACCAAGGCGUGUGUUUGCAGCAGUGGGACGGCUUCAGCUGUGACUGUAGCAUGACCUCCUUCAGCGGGCCACUCUGCAAUGACCCUGGGACAACAUAUAUCUUUAGCAAAGGUGGUGGACAAAUCACGUAUAAGUGGCCUCCUAAUGACCGGCCAAGUACACGAGCAGACAGACUGGCCAUAGGGUUUAGCACUGUUCAGAAAGAAGCUGUAUUGGUGCGAGUGGACAGUUCUUCUGGCCUGGGAGACUACCUAGAGCUGCAUAUACAUCAAGGAAAAAUCGGAGUUAAAUUUAAUGUUGGGACAGAUGACAUCGCCAUCGAAGAGUCCAAUGCAAUCAUUAACGAUGGGAAAUACCAUGUAGUCCGUUUCACGAGGAGUGGUGGCAAUGCCACGUUACAGGUGGAUAGCUGGCCAGUGAUUGAGCGCUACCCUGCAGGAAACAAUGAUAACGAGCGCCUGGCGAUUGCUAGACAGCGAAUUCCAUAUCGACUUGGUCGAGUAGUUGAUGAAUGGCUACUCGACAAAGGGCGUCAGCUCACAAUCUUCAAUAGCCAAGCAACCAUAAUAAUUGGCGGGAAAGAGCAGGGCCAGCCCUUCCAGGGUCAGCUCUCUGGGCUUUACUACAAUGGCUUGAAAGUUCUGAAUAUGGCAGCCGAAAAUGAUGCCAACAUCGCCAUAGUGGGAAAUGUGAGACUGGUUGGUGAAGUGCCUUCCUCUAUGACAACUGAGUCGACAGCCACUGCCAUGCACUCAGAGAUGUCCACGUCAAUUAUGGAGACCACCACGACCCUGGCUACUAGCACAGCCAGAAGAGGAAAGCCCCCUACAAAAGAACCCAUUAGCCAGACCACAGAUGACAUCCUUGUGGCCUCAGCGGAGUGUCCCAGCGAUGAUGAGGACAUUGACCCCUGUGAGCCGAGCUCAGGUGGGUUAGCCAACCCAACCCGGGCAGGCGGGAGAGAGCCGUACCCAGGCUCAGCAGAAGUGAUUCGGGAGUCCAGCAGCACCACGGGCAUGGUUGUGGGGAUCGUAGCCGCCGCCGCCCUGUGCAUUCUCAUCCUCCUCUACGCCAUGUACAAGUACCGAAACCGGGAUGAAGGCUCAUACCACGUGGACGAGAGUCGAAACUACAUCAGUAACUCAGCACAGUCCAAUGGGGCUGUAGUAAAGGAGAAACAACCCAGCAGUGCGAAAAGCGCCAACAAAAACAAGAAAAACAAGGAUAAAGAGUAUUACGUCUGA